GCUCAUAUCCCAUUAAGUUUUGAAGUGCUGCACUUCUGCAAAUUAACCAAGAACGAACUGGUCAUGAGCUGCUGCGCGCUGAACCCAAUUUCCAGUUUGAGCUGAUCAAAUUGUUUGGAACUCAAUUACGAUCGGUACUACAAUUUUGUUCGGGGUUCAUUGGAAGGGAGAAAUUAUGAUGAUGACAGAUCCAAGGGGAAAGGGUUUUCAAGCAAAGGAAGAGGGCCAACACAAAAGCAACAAUGAUGGAAACAUUAUAAGUAGUUAUAACAAGGCAGCUUCAUCUAGUACCACCACUUCAAGGCAAUGGUCUGGAUUUCGAAAUCCAAGGAUUGUUCGUGUCUCACGAACCUUUGGUGGAAAAGACAGGCACAGCAAGGUCUCAACCGUGAGGGGAUUGAGAGACAGAAGAAUUAGGCUUUCAGUGCCAACAGCAAUUCAAUUAUAUGACCUUCAAGACAGGCUUGGUCUUAGCCAACCUAGCAAGGUAAUAGAUUGGUUGCUUGAAGUUACUGAAGAUGACAUCGAUAAGCUUCCACCACUCCAACUACUUCCUCAUCAUGGUUUGCUCAAUACUACUAGUACUUCUCAUCAUCAACUUCAUCACCAUCAAGUUCUCAAUCCUCUUAAUGUUCCUUUCUUUGAUGUAAAUCGGCGACUUACUGAGCAAAUAGUACUUGAUGAGAGUAAAGGCAAGUCAAUCAAAGAAAAUGAUAAUCUACAAGAUCAUGAUGAUCAAGCCUUGGCCCAGAAGUUAUUUCCUAUAGGAAAUAUGCCUUCUUCCAUACCUGGAUUGCUGAACAAUGCCAUGGCGUACAACAACUACUUUCACCAUCACAAUUCGGAGCAUUCAUGUUUGUCUCUUUCUCAGUUUGGUAGCAAUAUUCAUGGAUUUCCACCACUACCUCAAAUGGAUCAUAUGAUGAGUAGUAACAACGGCUUAUCAUUUUCAACUACUUCAAUGCCAAUGGCAUCUGGGUCUCAAUUAUUCUUCUGUCCAUCAACAGCUACGCCGGUACCUUCACUUUUUGGUCCGUAUGCGCCCUACAUUACCACCUCUACCUCAGCAGUAGAGAAUAGUAGUACUGGUAAUGAUCAUCAGUCUAAUAGCCAUAUGAUCCAAUUGUUGAGUUCAUCAAGUACUACUUCACAGCACUUUGCACCUAAUAAUGCUCUCAUGCCUUCUCUUCAAUAUUCGAUUGGCCCAUCUUUGAGAUCCUUUCCAACAUUGGAUAAUCCGAAGCUCCAUUUGCAAAACCAUAAUGGAUCAUCAAGCCAACUGGACAAGGACCAUACAGGUUCCUAAAGAUAGCCAGCAGUUAGCAGCUCCACAAUGCAUGCAUGUGAGUUCCUAUAUAUAGUACGUUAUGCUGUCCGGUUAUUAUUAUUUAUAGUGAAUUACUUUGUAACUAUAUUAGAAUGUACGUUAUAUACAGAUACAUGCAUACUUGUGAUCGAUAAGAGUAGUGCUUCAUUAGAAUUGUUACUACUUACUACUUAUACCAAGGCUAAUUCAUCCACAUCUGAUGCCGUGAUUGAUCUAUGAUCAUCACAUAUAGGAGAUUCGAUGCUAAUUUGAAGGCUAAUCAAGAGCAUAAGAGGUAAAGAUAUAUCUGUAUUACUGUGUUGUGGGUGAUUUAUUGUUAAGCCAUUCUUGAUACACAUAUACUGGUUGUAUAUGAAGGUUUCGUUUCUCCAAUCUAUAAUUAUAAUUAUUUACACCCUAUAAACAAUAA